GGAAACCUCUGUCCUGUCAUGUCACGUGACUUGUGGGAAGAUGUUUACAAAAUUAACUCUGUUGAUGUUUGUUGUGAAUUCAUGUUAUUGAGCCAAUACAUAGUAGCAUGAGACGUGCUUAAUCAUGAAUGGUGAUGACACACAUGCCAGUGAAAGGCAGUCCCUCCAGACACGCAUUUUAGAUGCAGUUAAACAGUGUCAAGUGAGAUUUGGAGGACGUACUGAACUUGCCACUGAAACUGAUUCCAGAGUAUCGUGCCUAUGUUCAGCUUGGGAAAGUGUUCUAAAUUAUGGUUUAAAAGGAGAACGAAAAACUGCCACUGCUCUGAAGCAAGUUACUGAAAUCACAGGGUUAAAUAAAGUUGCAGGAAUAUUUAUUGACAAAAAUGCAGACAAAGACAUUUCUUUCUGGGGAUACGUGAAAGAAUUUCUCACGAAGCAUGAGGUGGAGAGAUUUCAGUCUCUCAAGCACAUUGACACGGACUCUGGGCGGGGCAGAGCCUGGCUCCGGUCUGCGCUGAAUGAGCAUUCACUGGAGCGCUACAUGCACAUGCUCAUUGAAAGUCACUUGUUAAUUGGGCAGUAUUAUGAGAGCUGGUCAUUUCUGAAUGAUGAAGAAAAAAGUAGCAUGCUUCCUAUGAUGGCCAGAGGAUUGGACUCCAUACUGUUUGCUGUCUCAGUUGACAACGCAGAUUUAAACUCCGUACGACAGACCCCCAGCGUAGUUGUGCGUGCUAACAACCUUGUGACCACGGCAACAAAGUCUGAGGAUGAAUUGCGGCCAGUAAUAGCCACUGACAACCUAUCUGGGGAACAUGUAGUCGGGAAAAAGAAGGAAAAAAAGAAAAAGAAGAAAGUCGCACACAUUGUCAGCUUUGACAGUGAUGAAACUGGAUCGGGCACUUUCCAAAAGGUCCGUUCAUCAAGCAAUCUGGGAGCUUCAGUGGUGAAUCUCCACUUCAUAGUUUUACCUUGGCUCCUGACUGACAUGAGUGGCCCACUACAUGUAUUUUGUAGCAUGGGAGAUGAGUGGAGCCAUGAUGACCCCCCAUCAACUCUGAGGGUAGAACCCGCCAUCGACGAUGACACGGGAGGUCACUCCAGCUCUUAUGGUUCUAACAGUUUGUCUGCAUUCAACGAUGACGACAUCCAGUCUGCCACAUUUGCUCUCCAACGAGCCCAAUUCAGUAUCAGUGAAAGUCGAAGAACUCAGGGUGAUGGUGGCAAUGUAACAGACAACAGUCAGGCAGAUCGCAUGUCAACGGAGGAGUUAAAAAAAGCAGUUGUGUCAAUGAUGCUGAGAAAAGAUGAAGUUGAGGAGCAAAAUAAGGCCCUACAGCAGAUGUUGGAGCAGGAGAUGGAAGCCUCGUCUAUCCUCCGGGCUGAAAUAGAGACCAUGAGGCACCAGGCGGUCGCCAGGACAGAAAAGGACACUGCAAAGUACCAGGCACUCCAGAAAGAGAAUGAGCUGCUCAAGCACCAGCUACGCAAGUACGUCAACGCAGUACAGAUGUUGCCUGAAGGAUCCACUGUUGACGAUAACCUGGGUAUACAGGUGGAGGAGCCCCAGCCUAGUAUACCCCCUGAGAAACCCAAGACAGACUACAGUCACGAGGCAGAAGAGUAUGAGAAGAAACUCAUACAGGUGGCAGAGAUGCAUGGAGAGCUGAUGGAGUUCAAUGAGCUGUUACACCGCCAGCUCAACCUGCGUGAGAACAUGCUCAAAAGGCUCCAGAACGAGCUGAUCAACCUACGGGGACCGGACUCCAAGGUUGUAGAAAGCAGACGCCACGUACUUCAGACAUAUCUUAGAUUGCUCAUCAACCACAUUUUAGAGAAGGAGCCGACACUAUCCACCAGUGCCUGUAAACAAGUUUUGAUAGAAGUAUUGCCAUUUUUCAGUGACAAAAUUCAAGAGAAAGAUAAAAGAAACAGAAGAAAAAGUCUGAUGGUCAACGAACACCACUAUCUUCUAGUCCUGGUCAAGUUACACCAAUACCUGAACAUUAUAGUGGAUUGUAGCCCUUAAUGAAACUGAAACUAUUUC